UGAUAACUGAUAAGAAAUUGUCUAAACGUAUUGUCGCUUGUCGCCUGUGUCGAAGACUUGACAGAGUUGUUCGGUUUUACCUACACCUGCUAUAUUGUAAUUAUGAAUUUUUCCAUUUAUAUUUUAGUCAUUUUUGCCACCCUUGUGUCGGUGUGUUGGUGUGAAAAAAAUGCCGAUUUGGAUACUUUACUAGCUGAUAAGAAUUUCGUUCGUAAACAAAUUAGCUGCGUUUUGGGUAAAGGAAGAUGUGAUAAAUUUGGUACUAAUUUGAAAGCCUCACUACCAAAAGUAAUCGGCCAAAAUUGCGAAUCGUGUAGUCCAGAAGAAGCCACAAACGCUAAAAAAAUUAUCGGUUUCGUGAAACAAAACUAUCCCGAAGUUUGGAACAAAGUUGCUCAACGGUAUUCCGGAAAAUGAAACACAAACCAUCCCAAAUCAGUAGCUGAGGUUGUUUUUUCGUAUAAAAAUUUAACGCAGUUAUGCAUCAUGAAUUCAUGAUUGGCCAUAACUAUUUUUAUUUUAUUUUAUUACUUAUUUUAUAAUUAAUUAUGUUUGCUUAUAAUUUUUUUUUUUUUUUUUUUUUUUUUACUACCAUAGGCUAUAAUGUGUUUUGUAUUCAUCGCAGUCUUAUUUAAGCGUACCUAGUCUUGUAUUUAACUAGUAAAAUUUAGGUAAAUUUUU